AUGGCAGCUGCGGCUUCCGCACCGAGGUUUAAACAGUUCAACUUCUUCAACCAAUCGCCCAUAAAGGACGCGCACGACCUGUCUGAGAGCCCACACAUAGUCAAGAAUGCAGUCGAGAUCUCCACGACUACAUCUUCGUCUGUAGGCGCACUCGUUGCGGAUAUUCAUGGGAGUGUACAUUUGUUGGACAAGGACUUUGAGCCUGUCUUAAGCUGGGUUGCCCAUGUGGGAGGGAGAGUGACGCAUAUGGAGGAGAGCCGCGGAGUAUUAGUUACGCUUGGCGAAGAGGACUCCGUACAAUACCCGCUGCUCAAGAUCUGGUCGCUUGAAAAGACGGACAAGAAUGGGUUUCCGAUCCUCCUGCGCUCGACGAAAGUACAACAUUCCUCCCGGCGUCACCCUGUCUCAUGCGCCGCACUCGCCUCGGGUCUGAGCACUCUUGCCGUGGGACUCGGAGACGGCACGGUGCUGCUGUACAGGCAUCUCGACCAAUCCGUCUUCAGCUCAUCGACUUCGCUCUCUGCGCUUCCUAAACCGCGUGUCGUACAUGAAUCGACCUCUGAGCCUGUCACCGGUCUCGGGUUCCGCGAGCCGAGCGCCGAAAGUCCGAACUUAUACUUGUUUAUUGCAACAACCAACCGCGUGUUGUCGUACCAGGCCAGCGGACGAGGCAGCGGAGGGACGCCGGUCGAGGUGCAUGAACAUGGCGCGGCGCUGGGAUGCACAGUCAUGGACUGGCAUGCACGCAACCUCUUUGUAGCCCGUGACGAAGCGAUCUACGUUAGCGCCGUCGAAGGCCGUGGGGCAUCGUACGCGGUCGAAGGACCCAAACUCUCAAUACACUCCCACCGCAAUUAUCUCGUCAUCGUCUCCCCGCCUCUCGCACCUAGCGCAGCAAGCGCGAGCCCUACCAUCCGGUUCGCGGCAAGAGCGAAGGAGGCGGAUAAAGGCGAUGUGGGGAAAGUGACGGUGUUCGAUCCGGAGAACAAGAUGGUCGCGUUUUCGGAUACGUUUACGAGUGGUGUGCGGUCAGUGUUGUCGCAGUGGGGCAACUUGUAUGUGCUCACAAACGACGGAGUUUUGUUUUGCUUGCAAGAGAAGCCUACGCCGGAGAAGCUCGGAAUGCUAUACCAACGUCAACAGCACACACUUGCGCUCAGUAUCGCGAAGACACAGAACCUCGACGAAACCAGUGUGGCCGAUAUCCACCGACAAUACGGGGACUACCUCUACGGACGCGGCGAUUACGACGGCGCGAUGCAGCAGUACCUGCAGACAAUCGGCCAGGUUCAGCCUAGCUAUGUUAUUAGAAAGUUCCUCGACGCACAACGGAUUCACAACCUCGUAACGUACCUACAAGAAGUUCACGCUCUAGGGCUCGCAAACGCCGACCACACAACCCUUCUCCUCAACACCUACACCAAGCUCAAGGACGUCGCGCGCCUGGACAGCUUCAUCAAGACCGAGAGCAGGAGAGGUGACGACAAGGACGAACUGCCGUUCGAUCUUGAUACCGCGAUCCGCGUGUGUCGACAAGCGGGAUACUUCGAACAUGCCAGUUACCUCGCCAAGCGUUGGGAGCGACAUGAAGACUACUUGAGGAUACAAAUCGAGGAUGCGGGGAACUACAAGGACGCUCUGAGCUAUCUACGCAUGCUCGGCGCUAACGCUGCAGAAACAAGCCUCGCGCGCUACGGCCGCAAGAUGCUCGAAGCCCUACCGGACGAAACGACCCAACUCCUGAUCGACAUCUGUACGAACCCCGCCCUCUUAACUUCCGAACCCGAAUCUCUCUCCUCGCCCAACGCCUCCCAACCACCCAAAGGAGGCAACUCGUACCUCUCCUACCUGAACCUCAACCGCACAGCUUCGUCCACCGACUCGCCGACUACGGCCACCGCGACCGAGGUACCGACUACACCCACGCCGAGAGCGACGGAUGGAUCGAGUACGAGUAAGAGGCCUUCGGUACAUGAGAGCUCGCGCGCAUCAAGUCCGCCUGGGACGCCCGGAACGACGAGCCGGGCGUUGCCGACAUACAUCAAGCGCCCAUCUCCACGGCUGUACUUCGCGAACUUUGUCUCCCAGCGCGCGCGAUUCGUACACUUCUUGGAAACGGUCGCGAGCCGACGAUGGGGGCAAACGCUCGACGGUACACCGGCGGCGGAUUAUGUCGAAGCUGAGGUUCCGCCUGCGGAUGGAGAAGCCGACAAGCUCGACCAAGCGGCCGUGUGGAACACACUGCUCGAGCUUUACCUGAGCGAAGGACAUACGGACAAGGCGUUGAAAGUGCUCAAGAGCGCAGAGUUGCCCUAUGACCCCACACACGCGCUGAUACUCUGCUCGACGAGGGAGUUCACGAGGGGAUUGGUGUUGCUCUGGGAACGACUGGGCAUGCACGAGGACGUCUUGCGCUUCUGGAUGGACCGUGAUCGAGCGGGCGAGGCAGGCGCCGGAGACGAAGUGAUGCGCUGUCUCGAAUCAUACGGUCACGGGGAGCAAGCGCGGUACCUCUACCCAUUGGUGUUGAGGUUCUUGACGGAGAGUGCGGAGGUACUGGGGAGGCACAGGAAGGACUUGGAGGUGGUGCUCAAGAGAAUCGAAGAGGAGGGCAUCAUGCCGCCUCUCAGCGUUGUGCAGGUGUUGAGUAGAAAUGGAGUGACGAGCGUGGGCGUUGUCAAAAGUUGGCUACUCUCUCGCAUCCACGAGGCAAGGGGGGAGAUCUCAACCGAUGAACAACUCAUCAACUCAUACCGCCUUGAGACACAGUCCAAGCUCAAGCAGGUCGAAGCGCUCAGCGAUGCGGACCAUCCAAGGGUGUUCCAUAACCCGCAGUGCGCGACGUGCGGGGGUCAUCUGGAUCUGCCGGCUAUACACUUCAUGUGUAAUCAUAGCUAUCACCAACGAUGCCUAGCCAACAACGAGACCGAAUGCCCAGAAUGCGCGCGGUCGCACGCCGUCAUCCGCGACAUCCGACGCAAUAAUGAAAGACUCGCCGAUCAGCAUGACCUCUUCCUAUCUGAGGUCAAAGAGUCGGGCUUCAGCGCGAUCGCGGCGGGCUUCGGGAGGGGCGUGUUGAAUGUGCCGAGGACAGAGGACGUUGCGGCGCGAUAG